AUGACUUCAUCAUUCCCUCCUAAUUCCACCCUCAGCCCAUCAUCCCCCUCAGAGCUCCACUGCCCUCUUCUGCAAACAAUGAGCUCUCACACCUUGAACAAAGACACUGGCGUGAACUUGGGAGUGGUGAGUGUCCACGGUGUGGUAUCCACUCUGGGUAUCCUGGAAAACGGACUGGUGCUGUGGGUGCUUGGUUUCCGUCUUCGUCGCAGGACGGUUGCUGCAGUAUGGGUCCUCAAUCUGGCGUUGUCGGACUUCCUAACCACGCUAACCUUGCCGCUUUUCACUCAUUACCUAUUGAUGAACCACAGCUGGGAGUUGGGUGGUGCUUUGUGUGCAGCCCAGGCCUCCAUUUUUUUCCUCAACAUGUUUGUUUCUGCCUUCCUACUGGCUGUGAUAUCAUUGGACCGUUGUUUGAUCGUGACCAAGCCGGUUUGGACUCAGAACCAUCGUACUGUGUCGGCAGCGUGGAAGAUCUGCGGUCUAGGAUGGGCUUGGGCGGCAGUUAACGCACUUCCGUAUUUCAUGUUCCGUUCCGUUGUGGAAAAGAAGGAUGGCCGCAAACUCUGCUAUCACAAUUUUGCACUCUAUUCCUCCUCAAACACACUGCACAGAGACUGUAAGGUGCGUCAGGCAGCGACGGCAGUGUCCAAAGUCUUGCUGGCAUUUGUCGUACCUCUGAUUGUCAUCGCCAUCAGUUACACUUCCAUUUUUCUUGAACUGCGAGCUCGCAGAAAGAGGCUUGAGAGUCGACGGCAGGGUGCGAGCAAUGGCAAACUGAGAUCCUUGAAAUUCUUCCGCAGCCUGUCUUCAUCAGGCAGAGAAAACAGUGUUCGGCUCUCGGGAAGUUUCAUGAAGAUGGUCGUCUCAGUGAUCACAACCUUUAUUCUCUGCUGGGUGCCCUACCACGUCUUCUGUUUGCUGGAGGUGAUGGCUCAGUACAAGACAGAGAUUGUGGAGCUUGUGGAGGUGUACUUACCUGUGGCGACAACAUUCGCCUUCCUGAACCCUGUAUUGAACCCAAUUAUCUACGCUUUUAGCUGUCCAAACUUCUGCACUCGAAUCCGCCAAAGUUUGGGGGCUCUUUUCGAGGGGCUGGUGGAGGAAGCUGGACCCAUAGUAUGGGUUACAGAAAGGAUUAGGAAGAAAGAUUCAUUGUUCCCCUCUUCACCCAGCUCUCCCACCCCCACCAAUGUCACUCAUGUCCAGGGCUCCAUCAACCUCAUUGGCUUUAAAAACUGCCCAACAAAUGAGGGAGAGAGGGAAGACAAAAUGUGA